GGCUAUCUUUGGCGCCUUUUUCCAGCGUCAAGCGGCAGUGCAGAACCAUGCGCGACGACUUUUACUCGGGUUUUCUUCUGCGCGGCCAUGCGCCGCGCGCCAAGUCAACGAAGGAUAUCAACGCGCAGUACACCGACCCGUCGCUUCUCGAGAUGCUUGGCAUCAAGCUCCCUGCACCGUCCGCGCCCGAGCUGCGCAUGGCGCCGAUGCGGCUCUUCUUUGUGUUGACGCCAACCCGGAUGGACUACUACCUCGUGGACCCGCGGCCCAAGUUUAAGCUCCCGAUCAGCGGGUCUUUUGCGUUCAACCGGUCGACAGAGGUCGCGGUGUGCAGCGAAAUGUGGCCCGGGUUGCCACCCCACACCUUUUGCGUCACGACCGACGGGCAGACCUUGGUGCUCACGGCCAAGACCCACGGCGACAUGAGCACUUGGCUCACGCAUCUCCAGGCGACGCUGGCGCACUUCCCGUUCGUGCUACGCAGCAGUUUGUUGAAAAAGUCGGACAAGUACCCAUGGAAGCCGUGGACCAAGCGCCACGUGGAGCUCGGCGAGUCGUGCGUGAGCUACGCAAACGCGACGCCCGGCGCCCAAUUCGUGCGCAACCACGUGCGCCUGACGGCCCACGCGUAUGUGCAAGACCUUCCGCCGACCAAAGCCCACGCGUUUGUUUUUGGCAUUGCCACUGCGCACACGACACUGACCUUUGCAGCGGCGAGCGAUCAAGAGAAACAAGAGUGGAUGACCGAGCUCGAAAUCCGCAUCCUUCGCCACAAGGUUCUCCAGCACCAGCACAAGAAAGCCUCCGAGUUUGCGGGCUACGUGGACGUACGAUGUGCCUCGACCAAAGGCUGGCGUCGGCUCUACUGCACGCUGCACAACGGCGUCGUCGUUCUCAAGACGAAUGAAAAGCGCAUGGGCGUCAAGACCAAGAUCUACCUCGAGAUGGUCCUCAAGGUUGAACCGUCGACACCGACGGCCCGCGCCAACGCCUUUACGAUCCAGCGCUUUGGCGCGCCCGACUUGUAUGUCGCCGCGUUCAGCGCCACGGAGAAGAACACGUGGCUUCGGCACUUGGCGACCGCGCGGUCCGAAGCCAAAGACGCGCCGUCCGUCGCCUUUGAGAGAGACAUUCAGGCGCUUGUCAAGACGACGGGGUACGUGCACGUAACGGUGUACGCCCACGAGCGCCUCGAGCUCCUCCUCGAGCAAUGGCAUGAGCGCAUUGUCACCUGCAAUGCAUUGGAUCACGUGCCCCGGGGCAGUGUCCUCGUUCGGCUCAAGGAUGCAAGUGGCAAGCAUCACGCGUUUGAUGUCAUGUGGCACGCGCUGCGCACCAAGGCCCGGCCUGUCAAGCUCACGUUUCGGGUACCGAUUGCCAAAGAUGGCAUUCUGCGCGUCCACACGUCGACGCCGGUCUCGCAAUGGGUGCCCCGGCGCUGCCGCGUGGCCGACGGCACCUGGACCGUCGACGCGCUCACGCAAGUUGAUGCCACGCCGCUCAUUGCGUGGCCACUCCGCGCGUGCUCUGUCAACUUGGUCCACGACUACAAUGCAACCAGCCUCGAGGAUGACGUGCCCAACUGCUUUUACAUCGAGUACACACCGCUGCCGCCGACACGCGAGUUGGUGGCGGGUGCGGCGACGACAGCGGUGCCAUCGACGACGCUGCACGUGAGCGCGGCGUCAGCAUCCGACUGUGUGCUCUGGCUCGCGAUUCUGCGCUUGGAGAUUGCGAUCGCGCGCGGCGACCCGACGCUAACACCGGCGGCACCCACGCGCACCGAACGCCGUCGGCAGUCGCUCGUCGACCAGACGAAGAAGGUCGCUGAGCUGCUCUACGGCGUCGACCACCGCCCCAAAGUGCCCGAAAUGGCGUCAACCGAGUCGUUGCCACCGCCACCGCCAAUCGAACCCGAGGUGGACACGACCUGGCGCGACCGAUCGGGCUCGGACAAUGACGACGACGACGACGACGAUGGUCCAAGCCUCACGGAGAAGCUCGCGCACGCCUUGGUCACCGUGCCCGUCCAGUACAUGGUCGAAACGAAAGCGACCAUGGCGCAGCUCGUGUCAACAACGAUCGCCGCCAAGAAAUUGCAGCUCUUGGCGACCCAAGAGGUCCAGGACCUGGUCGCGUUCUCGCAAAAGGUUCAAGUCCGCGUCGCGCCGCUCGCCAAGUCGGUGCGUCAGCAGUCCCGCCGGGUCUCGCGCUCGUGCGUGCGCCAGCUGGUAGAGCUCAAAGGCGCCCUGCGCGUGCCCAACCCGACGACCAACCCGCGCUUUGACAGCACCAAGCGGUACCUUCAAGCGUCGGUGCGGGGCCAGUCGGCACAGAGCAUUGAAGCGUCGACGCGCAAGAAGACGGACCGCUUCGUAGCCGCCCAAGUGGUCAUUGAACAAUGGGCCAAACGAACCAGCAGUGACACGCCAUCACAAACCAACACAGAGAAUGGCGAGAGCGCGUCACUUUCAAUGGAGACGGCGCGCCGGUUCUUUGAUCAUGUCGCGAGCUACGAUGACAAGGAAAAGAUCCCGUACUUGCAGCUCUUGGACCUUCUCCGACUGCUCUGUGGCCGCGCCAUGACACCAACAAGUGCUGUCGAUGCCUUCGAAGCCGAGAUCGACCGGCUCGAGAGCGUGCACGAGAUCACGUACUCGCUCACAAAGCUCCGGUUCUUGCAGAUUGCAACCGAGACCAUCCGAGACCCCGCGCUUGUCGACACCGUCGAGUGCGCGUUGGCUGUCGCGCCGCCUGCCGCGCGCGUGGCCCGCGUCGUGGAAGAGACGAUCCCCAAGCCGGUCGAAACCCAGGAUGCGAGCGAGAACAAGGAGCUGCCGCUGACAGAGUGCGUCGAAUUCCGGCCCGAUGACGAGGAAAUCUACCACGUGGGCACUGCGGGGCUCAAGGCGCGUGUGCUCGACGGCCUCGAGGCCAUGGUCCAGCUGCGCGAGCUGCAUGUGCGCUCCAACUUGCUCUACAAGAUGACGGGCAUCGAGUCGCUCGUGAACCUCACGCAUCUCGAGCUGUACGACAACCAGAUCAAGAAGAUGGUGGGCCUCGAGAAGCUCGUCAAGUUGCGCGUGCUGGACCUCUCGUUCAACGAGAUCCGAUCCAUUCCCGAUCUGAGCCACUUGACGCAGCUCGAGGAGCUCUAUGUAGCCAACAACAAGCUCACGCACAUCACUGGUAUUGGCAACCUGCGCACGCUCGUCAAGCUCGACCUCGGGGCCAACCGUAUUCGCACCAUUGAAGGCCUCGACCACCUCGAGAACCUCGAGCAGCUCUGGCUCGGGAAAAACAAGAUCACGGCGAUUCAGGGCCUCGGCGCCCUCACCAAGCUCCGCGUCAUGAGCAUCCAGAGCAACCGGCUGCUUGCGAUCGACAACUUGAGCGCCAACGUCGCCCUCGAAGAGCUCUAUCUGAGCCACAAUGGCAUCGAGGCGCUCGCCAACCUCGACCAUCUCACCAAGCUCACGAUCCUCGACGUGGGCGCCAACCGCAUCAAGACGAUCCCGCAUAUGGGUGCGAACGUGGCCCUCGAAGACCUCUGGCUCAACGACAACGAGAUCAGCUCCUUUGACGACAUCCAGCACUUGGCCGCCAACGUCAAGCUCGAGACGCUCUACCUGGAGCGCAACCCGCUGGCGUCGGACUUUGAGUACCGCCUCAAGAUCCAAGGCGCGCUCGCCAGUGUGCAGCAGAUUGAUGCGACGCCCGUCGUGCGCCGCCAACAAGGGUAAUCAAGCAGAUGAGGCCGCCCCUUUUUUAACUGCAAUCGACUCGAUGCAUGGUGGA